GACACCUUUGUCCUUCCUGACUUCAUUGGACUAGAUAUCAGAUGUUCUUGCCAAGUUACUAGACACGAAUUAACUUGAAGAUAGCAUUGCUGUUUCCACAUAUUUGAUGCCAGCAUGGUCCUGCUAAACAAGUCUGCCAAUCACCAAAUAAGAGGUUUCACUUUAGCUACUAUAGCAUGGAUAAUGUGCAAUACCUCUAUGGCCCUUCCAGAAUGGAGAAUUUGCUACUUGAACAACCGCAUGCUUUCCUACCCAAGUCUGGCUUUUGUGAAUAUGUGGGGGGCCUACAUCUGCCACCACAACUACAACUCAAGCCACCUGAGAGAUUGCCAUUACUACACCUGCCAUAGCAACCUUGAACCUUUGGAUAUCCGGGUAUCUCAACUUCUGCUCCUGGUUGCAAACGUUAUUGGUCUGCUUGGGACAGUUUGUUCUGUCUUUGCUCUACAGCAGUUAUAUACAGAGGGCCUGCAUAAGAAUAAUGACUACAAUCCAUUUGUUCUUUCAGCUGUCCUCAAUGCUAUUGCUAGCACCUUUAUUUUUCUUGCUGUUUUGUGUGAUUACCUCUCUGUGCCCAGCAAGGAAGAGGUAUCUUUCCUGCCAUCUUUCCAAAUGCCAAUUUUUUCCAAUGCUCAAAGAGCAGGCAGAGCCAUGGGAUUGGCAUACAUGUCUGCCAUAUUGUUUUUAUUAAGUGCUAUAAUUUUUAUUUCUUACUGUCCUUCAAUGGAAAUCAAAAUGUUUCCCCAUGUCUGA